AUGGAUAUUAAUAAGAAACACAUGUUUCUGGGACCCUCCUACAGAGCUGGAGAGCUUUUGGAGGCUCCAUCGGCUCCCUGCUUGCACAGACACCCGCUUGGAAACAUGAUGUUGGGAGCUGCGCUGCUGCUGGGUCUGCCCCUCGUUCUCCUGGCGUUGGAUCGGGCGGCCAGCUGUCCCCCGCGCUGCUUGUGCUUCAGGACCACUGUGAGGUGCAUGCAUCUGAUGCUGGAGACCAUCCCGGCAUCCCCGGCACAGACCAGCAUACUGGAUUUGCGCUUUAAUCGCAUCCGAGAGAUAAACUCCGAGCAGCUCCUGAGGCUGAAGAAUCUGGAGACGCUGCUUCUGAACAACAACCGCAUCCGGGGUAUUAACCACGACGCGUUUCACGGCCUGGACCGUCUCAAGCACCUUUACCUUUAUAAGAAUGACAUCCGGAGGGUAGAGACGGGCGCUUUCCGGGGGCUGCAGUCGCUGGAGCAGCUAUAUCUGCACUUCAAUGAUGUGGAGACUCUGGACUCGGACACGUUCGGGCAUCUGCCGCAUCUGGAGAGACUGUUUCUACACAAUAACCGAAUCUCCCGGAUCCAUCCCGAGACGUUCUCGCGCCUCCCCUCCCUCACCCGCCUACGCCUGGAUUCGAACCCGUUGUAUUGCGACUGCGAGCUGUCGUGGCUGGCGGAUCUCUUGCGGAGUUACACGGAAAGGAGCAGCGCUCAGACCGCAGCCACCUGUGAACUCCCUGCCCCCCUGAGGGGCAAAUCCGUGACCUCCCUGCCCCCCGACGUGUUCACAUGCGAGAUCCCCCGCUUCGUGUCCGAACCGCGAGAUGCCGACAUCGCAUUGGGGAACACGGUUUACCUCACCUGCCGGGCGGAGGGUAACCCCAAGCCUCACAUCACUUGGUUACACAACAGCAAUGAGAUUGACACGCGUUUUGAUGGGCGCCUAAACCUUCUUCACGACGGGACGCUGAUGAUUCAGGACACCAGGGAGUCUGAUAAGGGGGUGUACCAGUGCGCAGCCAAAAAUGCCGCAGGCGAGGUGCGAACGCAGGAGGCUGUCCUACGGUACACGGGCAGCAGGGCUAAACCCGUCUUUAUCAUCCAGCCCCAGAACACGGAGGUUCUGCUGGGGGGCAGCGUUACCCUGGAGUGCGGGGUAUCCGGAGACCCUCAGCCGACCGUCACGUGGACCUCAGACGCCGGCCAGCCGCUCACUAACAAUGAACGUUUCACCAUCACCAGCUCCGGGGGUCUUUAUAUCCAGAAUGUCACCUUCUCCGAGCGGGGGCCGUACCGCUGCCACGCCAGCAACAGCGAGGGGUCUCUGCAGGCUUCGGCGCUGAUCAUCGUGCAGGAUACCCCGAAAUUCACGGCCGUUCCCGGUGACCAGACAGUGGCCGAGAGCCGGGACGUAGAAUUUCCGUGUUCCGCAGAAGGAUCCCCGACGCCUGUGAUCUCUUGGACCAAAGCAGGUAGGGAGCUGCCCGCUGACGGACGACACAAGGUUUUGGCGUCUGGAUGGCUUCAGGUGACUAAGGUGGAGGCGAGGGACGCCGGGCGGUACGAGUGCCGCGCGGUCAGCUCGCUUGGCGUCAGCUCGGUAGCCGUACAGCUCUACGUCCAGCCGCACGACGCUGCGCAUGUUGGAGACGCUUUCGUGGAGACGUCAUUGCGAGAGGCUAUUCGAGGCGUGAACAACAGCAUUGAGCUCACUCAGAAGAAGCUGUUCAGCGCGCUCCCCAAAACACCCAGUGACCUCCUGGCUCUGGCGCGUUACCCCCGGGACCCUCAUGUGAUCAGUGCGGCCAGAGCAGCAGAAAUCCUGGAACGGACCCUGGGGCUUAUUGAAGAACAUGUGCAGAAUGGACUAGCCGAGGGUCUCGACAGCCCAAGUUACCAUUACAGCGACUUGAUCUCCCCUCGUUACAUCAGCAUGAUCGCCAAUGCCUCUGGCUGCUCAGCCCACCGGCAGACCCCCAACUGCUCUGACAUGUGCUUCCACCAGCGUUACCGAACCCACGACAGCUCUUGCAACAACCUUCAGCAUCCUACGUGGGGCGCCUCGCACACCGCCUUCACGCGCCUACUUAGGCCAGCUUACCAGAAUGGUUUAAACCUCCCUAGGGGUCUCGGAGUCACCGAAGACCCUGGACUGCUGCCUCUACCCCUCCCCCGCUUGGUUUCCACUUCCAUGAUAGGUACAGAAACGAUAACCCCAGACGACCAGUUCACCCACAUGCUCAUGCAAUGGGGCCAGUUCCUGGACCAUGACUUAGACCAGACGGUGCCAGCCAUCGGAAUGUCCAGAUUCACAGAUGGAGCUCCUUGCAGUCAGGUGUGUUCUAAUGACCCUCCCUGCUUUUCCAUUAUGAUCCCAGAGAAUGAUCCCCGCGCGAGGAGCGGACGUUGUAUGUUCUUUGCCCGAUCCAGUCCGGUGUGCGGCAGCGGGGUCACCUCGCUUCUCAUGGACUCGCUCUAUUCUCGCGAGCAGGUUAAUAUGCUCACUUCUUACCUGGACGCCUCCAACGUUUACGGCAGCUCGGAACAAGAAGCUGGAGAAUUAAGGGACUUUGGAGGCCAGAGCGGGAUGCUGAGGGUUGGCCGUGUGGUUUCCAGCUCAGGAAAGCAUCUGUUGCCUUUUGCCAGCGGUCCACCCACCGAAUGCAUGCGUGAUGAGAACGAGAGCUCCGUGCCGUGUUUCCUAGCCGGAGAUCACCGGGCUAAUGAGCAACUGGGGCUCACGUCAAUGCACACGCUGUGGUUUCGUGAACACAACCGCCUCGCGGACCAGCUUCUGAAGCUUAAUCCGCACUGGGAUGGAAACAAAAUCUACCACGAGGCCCGGAAACUGGUGGGCGCCCAAAUGCACCACAUCACCUAUUCUCACUGGCUCCCCAAAAUUCUUGGAGAAGCCGGAAUGAAGAUGCUGGGAGAUUAUGACGGCUAUAACCCCAACCUUAAUGGUGGCAUCUUCAAUGCCUUUGCCACUGCUGCGUUUCGAUUUGGCCACACUUUAAUCAACCCCAUCCUCUAUCGUCUGAACGAAUCUUUCCAACCCAUUCGAGAAGGACAUCUUCCCCUGCACAAGGCCUUCUUCAGUCCUCAUAGACUCCUCCAGGAGGGAGGGAUCGAUCCCAUACUACGUGGCCUCUUUGGGGUUCCUGGAAAAAUGAGGGUGCCCACGGAGCUCCUCAACACGGAACUGACCGAGAAGCUUUUCUCAGCUGUUCAUUCAGUUUCUCUGGACUUGGCUGCCAUAAACAUCCAACGUGGACGUGACCAUGGAAUCCCACCUUACAACGACUACCGGGUCUUCUGUAAUCUGACCUCUGCCCAGGACUUUGAAGAUUUAAAGGAGGAGAUUCAGAACCAAGAAAUCAGAGAGAAGCUCCGUAGUUUAUAUGGGACUCCGAAAAAUGUGGACCUGUUCCCAGCUUUGAUGGUGGAAGACUUGAUCCCAGGGACCAGGGUUGGACCCACCUUGAUGUGUCUUUUAGUAGCCCAGUUCAAAAGAAUCCGAGAUGGAGACAGAUUUUGGUAUAGCAGCCCUGAAGUGUUCACUCCCGCCCAACUGGUCCAGAUUAGGCAGUCUUCUCUGGCACGUGUCCUGUGUGAUAACGGAGACAACAUCGAACAUGUCCAAGAGGACGUCUUCCAAGUAGCUACCUUCCCCCAGGACAUGCGCAGCUGUGAGGACCUGCCCGUUGUAGACCUUCGUCUCUGGCAAGAAUGUUGUGAUGACUGCCCAUCCCGGGGCCAGAGAGAUACCCUGUCCGGGCAUUUACGUGCCGUGAGGUCAGCGCAAUUCAGCUACAGUGCGGACAAUCCAUCCAUGUCUGUGGCAGAAUAUUCCAGAUCAGAAGAAGCCUCUCAAGAUGGUGCUGGCGUGGAAUCCGUUAUAUCUCAGAUCCAAAGAACUAUUGGUGUCCUACAGAGCAAGGUUAGAGAACUCGAAGCGCGAGUGAGAAGGACACAGAAAACGUCCCAGGAUGCAGGUGGACAAUCCCCAAAUUAACGCCAUUGACAGAGGACCUCUCUUUGUCAUCUCAUCCUCCUUUUGGCUACAACAAGAAUCCAUCCCUAUAAGAGGAGAGAAGUCCACAAAGGACUCGGGGUCCACAUCCCCGCAUCCCCUGCACGGCUCCUCACUUCUGAGUGCAUCCUCGGUUUGCUGCACGUUAACGACCUAUUGGCAUCACCAUUCCACACGUUAUAUUAACUAGCCCCCCUUUGGUGCCUG